AUGGAAGGAAGCAGCUCCUGCGAGGUCCCCUGGGGCCGGCUGGUCCGGAGAGGCGCUGCUCCAGCUAGGGGCACCCCUGCUCCCCCCUCCAGAGAGGUUCACGAGGGAGCUCAGGGGCUCAUCUUUUCUUCCUCGUCGGUUUUAGACUUGAGUCAAAGUGGUCUUCACCACUUAGGAGAGAUCUUUAAAAUUCCCAGCCUCGAACAACUGCAUCUUCAAAGAAACGCCCUCCGCGAGCUCCCCACAGAUUUCUUCCAGUUGCUGCCGAACCUCACUUGGCUGGACCUCCGCUGCAACAGAAUUAAGGCACUUCCUUCUGGGAUUGGGUCUCACAAGCAUUUGAAAACUUUGCUUUUGGAAAGAAAUCCUAUCAAAAUGUUGCCUGUGGAGCUGGGGAAUGUGACCUCGCUGAAAGCACUGAACCUGAGACACUGCCCGCUGGAGUUCCCCACUCCGCUCGUGGUGCAGAAGGGACUGCGUGCGAUCCUGGCCUAUCUGCAGAUCUACGCUGCGCAGCACUCUGCCCCCCAAGAUUUAACUUCUCAAGUGAUUUCGCCAGUUACAACCAUGAGCCGAAGUGAGCUGCCGCAGCCCUCGUUGUAUUUGUCUGAGGAGGAAACUGCGCCCGACGAGGACGCCAUUCGUUCCCGGGAGGCGUCCUUUUUCCCGCCUGUCGAGAAGCUAGACCCGAGUGAGCUGAGGAGGUCCGCCGACUCCUCGGAAGACUGGCCGGGCGAGGAGGAGAUCAAGCGCUUCUGGAAGCUGAGGCAGGAGAUCGUCGAGCAGGAGCGAGCGGAACUGCUUGAAAACCAGCUCCUACCGCUGGAGCUGCCCCCAAACCUCAGGGCAGCCCUAAACACGAAGGAGAAAGAGCAUUCCAGCCCGAGACACGUGUCGAGCACGGGCCCUCCGAGGGCGAGUGUGCCUCGCCGGGGCUGGGACUGUAGGAAGAAGCUGCCCUCCGUCAGGAGUGUCCCGCCAGCCCUGGCGCCAUCGCUGCAGCGCGCUGGGCUUCCCACCGGGAGGCCCCAGGAGACCAGGACUGCGGCCAUCCGUGAGCACCGGGAGAAGCAGGCGGAGACAGGGCAGCGGAGACGAGACGAGCGAGUGCUGCGGGAGUUGCGGGAGCACGCCCAGACCAGGAGGACGGCGGAGGAGGCGCCGAGCGAGCCCCUGCCUCUGUGGCGGAGUCUGGUGGGCUCAAAGAUUCCCUUUGCCGUGGAUUUGAUAGAUAAUGAGAAAAUGCCAGCAAAUGCAUCUGGAAAAAUGAGGUCAAGCAAAGAGAAGUCGUCAAAAGCAAGUAAAGACAAGAGGCCUGUCCGAGCCGCUGCCUGGAGGGGGAGCAGGUAGCCUCUCUGGCCUCUCGUGGCCUCUCGUGGCCGCACCGUCACUGCGUCGUCACGCGUCGUGACCGCUCCUGAGCCCCGGGACCACAGUUGGCCUGGAGGGAAAAGCAACAUGUUCUCCCCCGUGUUGGCAGAGGAGUUGCUGAGACUUGACGCGACGUGUAAAGUUCUCUCCCUCACCCUUCGUGUCCCCAGCGCCCUCCAAGAGGAGUGUCCGGAAGAAAACCCAAAACAGCAGACCAAAGCACACGAGGGCAGAGGAUGGUUUCAGGGGAUGGAGCCCCUCGAGGAAAUCGGGCCGGCCACACGGGAUUGGGAGGUUGCUAGAGAGCUGCCGGACGACGCGAGGCGCGUGAGUGGGCCGACUUGGACGCGAAGCCCGGGGCUGGGCGCUCUCGCCGGACACCGGCCACUCCGGCCGCCCGCCUCCCGGCCUUGCGGUACGUGGUGUGACCUGAAGUGGUCUGAGUCCGAGGACACCGACAGACACUGCGGAGCGCGGACGCUUGUGCCGGAACCUUCAGUCCCGAGAAGCUGGUUGAGCCGCCCCAGAGCCCUCCGGGGCCCCUUCCACGUGUGUCCGGGGGGUCCGACGCCACCGGGGCUGCCUCUCACGGCCUCGUCUGCGGCUCUUUGA